UGUCAAUCUGAAUUCCUCUGCAACUCGGAUUCCACGUUCCAAAAGCUUCCCAUUCUGCAGUCAGUCACCGUUUGUGGGGACAAGACCUGAAAAACAUAAACCCCCAAAAUGCCUCUCUCCCAGCACCGCGCCAUCCCCAUCGCUGCAAGCCUUUUCGGCACCAUUUUUGCCGCCUUCGGAUUCAACUAUAUCUUCAACCCCCAACAAGCCUUUGUCUCCUCAUUCGGAUUCCCCUAUCCCACUGCUCCAGCAGAACAAAAGAUCCUCGACAGCUUCUGCGUUCUAUACGGUGCCAAGGACUUGUUUAUGGGCACGGCGAUCUUCGCGGCGGCAUGGCUUGGUACAAGGAAGAGCCUCGGCGUAAUCUUGCUUGCGGCGGGUGCGAGCGCGGGUAUUGAUGGAUGGGUGGUUAAUGCGACUGUUGGGCAGGGAGAGUGGAACCACUGGGGGUAUGGCAGUGUGAUAUCGGUGCUCGGAGGCGUGAGUUUGGGCCUCUUGGGAUGAGGCAAUCGCGGUGUCUGCUGGGUUGUGAAAGAAGUAUCCGACUUGAAGGGCCUACACGGUUUAUGGAUCCGUGAAUGCUGUCAUGUGCUAUGGAACUAGCAUGCUUCUUGCGCUACUGCUUGGUUCUUCAGGAUAUGGGGAUCUUUACCACACAGUACUCUGUAGCUUGCACGGCACUUCUGCAGUUCAUCUCUACUCACAGCAAAAGACUACUUGAGAGUUCUUAAAUGUAAGGUGGCCUCACCAUUUGUUUUGCACCGUCUUGCUUCGAGAUUUUCCUCAAGCGUUGAUAUGCUCAGGGGAGACGCUGCGCCUCAACAGCUUCCAUAUGUGGAGAAUCCUAU